ACCAUCACAACUUUCACAUCAUCCUUAUUUUUACAGGCAUUUUGAAUCAAGCGAUACAUCAUCAACAAACGACCCACAAACACUUCCAGCGUCGGUAAUAACAUCCCACCGCUGCAAUUGUCUUUGUUUCAUCACCAAAUAGUACCUGUGUUUUCCGUCGCCUCAAACCUCAUAUUUACUGAUCCCAUUGCCGCCAUUUGAAAAUGUCUCUACUAAGGUCAAAAAUCGUCCAGAAACCGUAUCAGUUGUUUCACUACUACUUUCUUUCCGAACAGGCCCCCGAUUCGUCGCUCGCCAACUUGCUGUUCGAAACCGACAUCCUGAUUACCAUCAACAAAUUCAAAAAUCACCGCUGGAAACGCAAUGAGAUAGCUCACUACGGGUUCUUGUCAUCGGUGAUUUUGUUUGUGUUCUUCAUCUUCCCGGCCUCUUUCCUAAUAAAGUUGCCCAUCUUGCUGGUAUUUGGAUUGUGUUUUCUUGUGCCAUUAACCAGCCAGUUUUUUCUUCACGCUCUUCCGGUGUUCAGCUGGUUGGCGUUGUUCUUCACCUGCGGUAAGAUCCCCGAGGAAUGGAAACCGGCCAUUCUGGUGAAGUUCUUGCCGGCCAUGGAAACCAUUUUGUACGGAGACAACUUGUCCAAUGUGUUGGCCACCAUCACCACUCCCACCUUGGACAUCUUGGCAUGGCUUCCGUAUGGCUUGGUGCACUUUGUUUUCCCGUUUGUGGUGGCGGCCCUUAUCUUUGUAUUUGGUCCUCCCACCGCGUUAAACUCGUUUGGGUUUGCUUUUGGCUACUUAAACUUGGUGGGAGUGUUGAUUCAAAUCUGCUUGCCGGCCGCUGCUCCAUGGUAUAAAAACUUGUACGGGUUGCAGCCUGCCAACUAUUCGAUGAGUGGUUCCCCUGGUGGUUUGGGCAGAAUCGACGACAUUUUGGGUUUCGACAUGUACACCACUGCGUUUUCCAACUCUCCGAUGAUUUUUGGAGCAUUUCCCUCGUUGCACUCGGCCUGUGCCAUUAUGGACGUGUUGUUCUUAUCGUGGUUGUUCCCUUCAUUGACGGUGGCCUGGUGGGGUUAUGGCUGCUGGCUUUGGUGGUCCACCAUGUACUUGACUCAUCACUACUUUUUUGACUUGACCAGUGGGGCCUUGUUAUCCAUCUCCGUGUUCACCUACACCAAGUAUGUCCACUUGCCGGUGAUGGACAGGACCAAGUUCUGUCGGUGGAGCUAUACCGAGAUCCCCAAGGUCAACAUCAACCAGAUGAACCCGUUAACCUUCAACUUCAACAAUGACUACGUGUACAAUGACCUUGAAAAUCAACAACCAGACAUUCUUUUGAGUAACCCCUACCAGCAGUCAUCAUCAUCAUCAUCGGGGCAACCCCAGUCCAGUUUGGGGAUUGAGUUGGAAAACUAUUCAAGAUCCAGGCAAAGCUCCAAGGUUUUUUUACCCCAGGCCAGUGGCUUGCCCACCAUUGAGGAUGAAGAAACCUCGUCAUUUGACAACUCGGCCACCACGUCGGUAUUUGACGAGGUCGAACAACUUAGCACUAUUCACUUCAACACAUCGUUAGAAGAUUAUGAUAAGAGAAAACCCAAGAAACACUAGAGAGUUUAAUGAUAACGAUACUUAAUAAUUAAUAGCUAAUACAUGUCAAGAGAACAAUAUGACGCCGUCCUUUGUCUAUUUUUAUUUACAUAUAUACAUGGUUCUCAUCACGACAGAAACGUAGGACCUGGAUUCAAGUUUCUAUGGGUAUUUCUCUUGAUGAUGCUGGCUCUCAAAACCCUAGGAUCCUUUCUAAGGGUCCUCAACAACUCCUGCUGCACGGUGGAGCUCACGUCAAAUCCCAUAAGAAAGUGGUAGCCUUCAAAAUGUCUCUCUUGGUUCUUACUGAUGAUCUUGGGUAAGAACUUGGGACCCAUACUGGUGAUGUCUCUGAUGACACCUCUGUUGUUCAAAAUCAACUUCCCCACGGUGGAAGCAAUUUUCAUCGCCUCCUUAUGUUUGUUGAUCCCGUCGGUGAUUCUGGCCACCGCCAUAAGCUCAUAAUACAUGGUGAUA